AUUGUGUGUUAAGGCGUUUUCUAUCUACAGUUUCCGAAUAUCGUUUUAACCGGCUUCUAUAAAUUGAUAGUUUUUGGGUUCGUUUAUAUUAAAAAUGAUUGGGAGAGGAGCGAAACUCGUUCGCUGGAUAUAAAGGCAACUCAUUAUGGAGCUUUAUACGAACUGCACCGGAAAUGUUAGCCAAUUGACUUUAGAUGGGAAUGGUACAAGAAACUUAACGAACAUUUUGGAUUAUGAAGUCGAUGACUACAUUUUUGAUAGGACUUACAUUAGGGUUAUUUUUAUAACCAUAUAUUCACUUGUCUUCUGCCUGUGCUUUUUUGGAAAUCUAAUGGUAAUAUUGGUGGUUACAAUAAGCCGAAGACUACGUUCGAUUACGAACUUCUUUCUCGCGAACCUGGCGGUGGCAGACUUUUGUGUUGGGAUAUUCUGCGUCUUUCAAAACCUUUCGACCUAUCUUGCGACUGACUGGAUUCUUGGCGAUUUCCUAUGCAAAAUGUAUCAAUUUAUGACUUCGCUGAGCUACACCGCAAGCAUAUUCAUUCUGGUGGUAAUAUGUACGGAACGCUAUUUUGCUAUUAUCCAUCCAAUCACUUGCAAACAAAUAUUAACGCCUACGCGAUUAAGGCUGCCAGCUGAAAUAUUAUAUCGCAGCUCCCGUCAAUCCGUUGCUCGAUCGAUGCCAUCUUGAAGUACCUGACAUCCUACAGUUCAAGAGGCGAUACCAUAGUGCCACAGAACACAAUAAAACCCAUCCAGAGUU